GAAUUUCUUGCAGAGCUUCCUGGCUCAUUGUUAUGUAACCAUAUGUAUGCGCUGUAUUUUCCCGGCGGGCGGGCUAAAUUACUUGGUAAGAGGCUCAACAACUCUACCACACAUUUUUUAUUCCUGUGCACUUCAAAAACUUGUCUGCCGCAGAGAUACGGUGGUUCUUCUCUGUAUCUCGCUGUCCUCCCUAGACAUCAAGAGCCUAUCACAAGAGAAAUGUGAGUGAAGCCCCAUGCAGAUAUCCGAUGUGCGGACCCGAGGGGAAGUUACUAUGGGGGUGGCCGCGUCAGCGACGACAUACGUAGGCCAUAGCUUACAACCUCAUGAUCCGCAAUCCUUGUCUACCACAUUUCACACAGAAAACAAUGAGACUAAACAGACCGUGCUUACCGUCUGGCCUCUAGUUUCUGUGAAUCCGGAUAUUAUUAUCUUAUCUGUGUUCUAGUUUUCCUUUUUGUUUCUUCCAUUACUCCCUCCCUCUUUCCUUAAUUCGAUCUAAGACAUCCUGGAACCAAGGGUUCUAGUUUUUGGUACGUCCGACUCAUGUCGCCACCAUACCUAUUUUCCCAACUCAGUAACUGCUGUAAAGCAGCUGUGCUAUGAUUCUCCUUCUUCUUAAUUGUUUCAAUACGAUAUACACUUUUGCUUCUUAUACCCUGUUCUAAGGAGCAUUUCGCCGUCGUCUGUAACAUUCUGGCUCUCGUGGAAUUUGUUGCCUUGCCACAUCUUAUCAUAACACUACACCACAUUCAAAGUCGGAUACUAAGCGCCAGUCACGCCAUUAUUGGAACUGCAUCCCUAAAACAAACUCUGGGGACCGGGGAUUUUUGUCUUGGACCCGUGGGCCCAUCAACAAAGGCACAUUGCCGUCUGGGAAACCCUUUCAACGGGUUUGCUAAAAUCUGACCCAACUCCGCCACGCUGCCUCGUUGGCAGUGCGCAAGUCAUUCUAGCACCGGCUAGCGCAAAUCUGCUAAGUUUAUACUUCAAUGAAUGGAUUCCCUUUGCUCGGGAGCCCAGGCCUAGUCCCACAUAUCUAGCCUUUGGCACCCAGCGUCCCGCCACCAGAAGCACUAAUAUACAUAUACCGCCUGCCUUCCAUUCCUAGCCUGGACUUUGUUGCUUCAGUCAUUCUUUAUUUGCUUUCCGCAUCAUGAAGUGCACAUUCGCUUUGGGGCUCACGGCUGCAUUCCUGUCUCCGCUGAUCGAUGCUGCCGCCUUACACAAUCAAAAUGAUAGGCCGCCAAGAGCUGUCGGCUUGCCUAUCAAGAGGGAACCCGCUGUAGAUCCGAUAGAGGCGGAUAGAACUCGAAUGCGUAAAAGAGAUACGUUGGAGGCAACACUAGACAAUCUGCAAUCGUUAUAUUUUGCCAACAUCACGCUCGGGACACCUGCUCAACAUCUUCGGGUCCACAUUGACACUGGGAGCAGUGAUCUAUGGGUAAAUUCUGCAGGUUCAAAGAUAUGCACUGGCACUUCGACAGUUCCUGGCGAGUGUGAAGAAUCAGGCACCUAUUCGGCAAACUCGUCUUCUACAUAUAAAUAUCUCCAGAGCAACUUCAACAUUACUUACAUGGAUGGAUCGGGAGCAGCAGGCGACUAUGUAUCGGACAUGAUGAUGAUAGCCAAUGCCGAAAUAAAAGACUUGCAGUUCGGCGUUGGCUACCAGAGCACUUCGGCUGAGGCUGUUCUUGGCCUUGGCUACGUAUCCAACGAGGUUCAGGUUGCCAAUCUUGGCCUGAAGGCUUAUAACAACGUUCCCGCAGCUCUAGCUGCCCAAGGCACCAUCCCAUCAAAUGCUUACAGUCUCUGGCUCAACGACCUCGAUUCUCAUUCUGGCAAUAUCUUAUUUGGUGGUGUCGAUACCGAGCGCUUCACUGGUACCCUCGAGACUCUCCCAGUUCAGAAAACAAGCGCUGGCUACACAGACUUCCUUAUUACUCUGACAAGCCUCUCAUUUGGAGGCAAGACACUCAUUGCGAAGCAAGCCCAAGCCGUCCUCCUCGACAGCGGUUCCUCUCUCACCUACCUGCCAAACGCCAUGACGAACGCCGUCUACGAGGCCAUCGGCGCACAGUACGACUCAACACAAGGCGCAGCCUUCGUCCCCUGCUCGAUGAGGUCCAUCAACGAGACUCUCGACUUCACAUUCACCUCCCCCAUAAUAUCCGUCCCUCUAGACGAACUCAUCCUGGACAUCCCAGAAACAAACAACCAAACCGCGGUAUUCCCAGGUGGUGAGCCAGCUUGCCUCUUCGGCAUUGCGCCCUCCGGAGUCACCGUACCCGUCUUGGGCGACACGUUCCUCCGGAGCGCAUACGUCGUGUAUGACUUGGGGAACAAUGAGAUCUCAUUGGCACAGACGAAAUUCAAUGCAACUAAGAGCAAUAUCGUGGAGCUGAGUUCUGGGAAAGAUGCAGCUGGUAUUGCGACGGCUGUUUCGAACCCAGUGGCUGCCACGGCUGGCGUGGGGAAGAGUAGUGACGAGAGCGCCGCGGGUAGGAGUAUGAGAGUCUCGCUGACGGCGGCUGGGCUCUGUGGGGUUGCAGCCGUGUUCACCGGACUCAUGUAGAUGAGGGGUACUUGAUGGAUAUUAGCGAUGGAAAUUGUGGGCGUAUUGUUUUCAGAGGCGUAUUUGUAUUUACGGCGCAUUUGUCAUUGGGUGGGUGGACUGGAGUAGUGGUGGCGGAAUAGCAAUCGAAGCGAAGGGCGGAAAGAGGCUGUACAUGACAACAGUAAUUUAGUAUAAAACCAUCAUUGCCAUCAACGGGCCCGUAUUAGAUUCACAGCUGAUG